CCUUCUGUAAACGUGAUGCCCCGCUUGUCUGCUGACGCAAGACAGGGGGUUGUUUAGCGGCUAAAUGGACUGUGCCGAUAAGUUAGCAACCGGAUACUGGACCUGUGACCCGCUCAACCCUUUAACUGGAACGGGAUAACACUCCUGACUGUGUCGUAAUAUCACCAUUACUAAGGGACAAACCGUGUUUACUUCUCCGGACCGAGGAAGUAGAACUGCGUCAAGUUGGCGUCAUUGAGCAAAGACUGGAGGAGGUUAGCCUUUAGCUUCACAACAAAGGCGCCAAAACGGGUCUCGUAAACUGGAAUUAAAAACAUUUAGGGUACAUUUUUACUAUCCAAAGAGGACAUCUAAGCUCUUGUAAAACUUAUUUUUGUCUGAAUUAUCCCAGUGCUCUGGAGCAUAUUAUUCAUAGCUGGGUUGGGUUUUAUUUUGGAAACUUUAAGCGGAAGUUGCGCUGCGUCUCGUGCUUUGACACUUGUAGGAAGUGGGAUGUGGCCAGGAUGUAUUUAUGCUGCUGUUCAAGAUAUGAAAAUCAUUGAAUCAGCGCUGCUUUCCGACUCCUGCUCCACCAGCGAACACACCAGGGGUUACGACAGGGUUGUUGUCCGUCACUGUUGCUGCUGUCAUCGGUCACAAUCAGCGUAGUCGACCGAGGCGGCUGGACCGGACCGGACCGGACAACUUCCAUGAAGACCUGUCAACCUGACGCCCAAACAGUUGAAUUAGUGCAGGGCUGUGUUUGUGUCUUACAUGUCCACCACUCAGCAUCAGCUGAUGAUGGAGUCCUCCUUAGCCCUAGGUAGACUGGAACUGACCCCCGGCUCGGCCCCUGUGGAGGUCAGCCUGGCCCCGCUGCUCCCCGGUGCCCCCCAGGCCAAAGAGAAGAGCGGACAGCGGCAGGGGGGGCCGCCCCAGGGCCGCCCUCACCUGCACGGCUGCGUCCCACUGUCCCACCAGGUGGCGGGACACAAGUACGGAGUGGAUAAAGUGGGAAUUUUGCAGCAUCCAGAUGGAACAGUCCUGAAGCAGCUUCAACCUCCACCCAGAGGCCCACGGGAGAUGCAGUUUUACAGCAUGGUGUAUGCGGAGGACUGCUGUGACCCGUGUCUGCUGGAGCUCCAGAAUCAUCUUCCUAAGUACUAUGGCACCUGGUCCUCCCCCGACAGCCCCAACGACCUGUACCUGAAACUGGAAGAUGUGACUCGUCGGUUCAAGAAGCCUUGCAUCAUGGAUGUGAAACUGGGCCAGCGGAGCUAUGAUCCCUACGCCUCCCAAGAGAAACGGGAACAGCAGAUCAGAAAGUAUCCACUGAUGGAGGAGAUCGGCUUCCUGGUCCUGGGCAUGAGGGUGUAUAAAGUGUGCAGCGACACGUGUGAUUCCUAUGACCAGCACUAUGGCAGAGGACUGGGGAAGGACACUGUCAAAGACGGCCUGGCCAAGUUUUUCCAUAAUGGGGCGAGUCUUCGGAAGGAUGCGGUGUUGGCCAGUAUCUGGAGGGUUCAGCGCAUCCUGCGAUGGGUUCGAGUCCCAGCGACAGCUCACCUUUUCGCCAGCUCCCUCCUGUUCGUAUACGAGGGUCUGCCCUCCUCCUCAGCGCGUCCCCGUGUCAUCUCCUGUCGGUACCUCAUCGCUCAGCCCUAUCGUGGGGAAGACUUCCACCUUCUCAUCAGGGGUGGGAGGGGCGAGGAGGGUAAAGGCCGACAGGAAGAGGCAGGGCAGGAAGAGGAACUGACGGAGUACAAUAACAACAACAACAUACAGGUGGCGAUGGCGUGGGACUACAGCCUGGACGCCAUGUACACAACCAUGAAAGGCAGCCAUCACCAGUGUGCCAAGGGUCGUCUCCAUGGCAACAGCGGAGCCAGUACCACUGUGGAAAGCACGGCGAGCUCCGAUCACAUGACGUCACUGUGCAAGGAAGACAACUCCUCAUGGAAACGAACAGGUGAGUCGCUGCAGCAGCAGAAAGCGCCCAAUGCAAACGGAAACAAACUUCAAGCGGAGAGGGAGGAGGAGGAGAGCCAGGAGAUCAGAGAAGAGGCGGAGAUCCCAGCAGGAGGCGGAGCUGAAGAGGAAGAGGAGGAGGAGGAGGAGGAGGAGGAGGGAGGAGGAGACGCCCAGGUAGAGGUCAGGAUGAUCGACUUUGCCCAUGUUUUCCCCAGUGACAGCCACGAUCAGGGCUACAUCUACGGCCUCAAACACCUGCUGACCGUCCUGGAGCAGAUCCUUUGUGACGCCUCGUAAAAAGGCUCCGCCCCCUCUGUGCACCAUGUAACCCGUUUCAUCAGCCUCACUCUUCUUCCUUCUUCCUCUUCAGCAGACA